GGACUGUAAAUCGCGGGAAGAUUACACGUGAUAGUGAAAUAAAAUAUCUUGUUUUUAUCCUUAUCAUAAGUGGUUUCGAUUUUAGCUUUCGUUUGAUUUCAUUUUAACUUUCUCUUUUUCCAGAGCUUUUAAGCUAAAUUAUGAAGGAGGAACAAGACGAUAACGGUUGUAAAUUAAAAAUUUAUAGUAAAAGAAACAAGCGUGCACCUGUGUUUAUCGCUGAUUUUUCUCAUGGAGAAGUCAAAAAUUGUAAAACUGAUCUUAAAUUUCAGUCUUUCAAGAAAGAUACUUCUGCCAACAAUGUGGGAUGUGACGCUAUUCGAGAACUCGUUGCUACUAAUGGCAGAUUAAACUAUAUAGGAUCAUCUACUCAGUCAGCUCUGAAAUAUUUUGUUGGAGUAAGGAGCAAAACUACUGGCAAAAUGAAAAUAUAUGAUUGUGUAUUGUUCCGCAUAAAACCUGAUCUGAAAAAUGUAGGUUGUAGCAAUACACCUACUACAUCUAAAUCAUAUUGGGAGGGAAUAAAUGAACUGACCCAAAAUUUUGGAAGCAAAGCUAAAAAGCGUGCAUUAAAUACUUUACAAAAAUGUACUGUAGAUGCAUCUUUGGAUGAAUCAUUAAUGGUAAAUGAUUCAUUUCUUCUUCCAUCUCCUGACAGAUUUUGCGUUGAUGAUGUCCACCGUCAGAUUGAUUACCUGCCUCCACAAAACCGAAAUGCUGCUGUGCCAAAUGAAGUUUUUGACAUAAAUGAUAUUAUUUCUUCUGAAGAAGAUGAUGAUUUAAAUAAAGAAGCUCAAGAACUAUUAACUGCACCAGGAAGCGAAUUUAUCCAAAGGAGUAUACCUUUUUGCAAAUAUGUCGAAACACGUUUUCGUAUUGUUGAUGCUACUAAACAAAAACUCUUGCUGUAUUAUAAUUAUUUAAUCAGAUUUCAACAUUUAAAAUAUAAUGAUAUACGAAAAAGAGACCCUGCCCCUGAAAUUCGAAAUCCAUAUAAAAAAUAUAUACUUGAAAAAUUCACUUUGAUGUCCUUUAAUGACAAAGGUAAAGAAUCAAGAUCGUGUCCAAAUCAAAUGAAAGACAAGUUAGUGUCUUACAUUUUAGUUUUAGCUCUUUUUAUUGAUGAAUUUAAGAUUAAUUUAGAUGAAAUACAUGUUGAUCUUAAUAAUGUUGGUGUUCCAAAACUUAAAACCAUUGCAGAAGUUCUUGGAUGUAAUGUUAGUAAGAAAAAAUGUGGGCAAGCAAUGGCUAAUUUUGCUGAGUUAAAAAUACCCUUAAACGAUACAACAUCUAAAUUUUCUAAAAAACCUAAUUCCAAGAAAUUUUAAUUAAGUUUUGAAUUGAAUUUUUACAAGUUGACUAUUUUAAUACUAUACACAUUUCUCAAAAAAAAAAAUCAUGAUUUUAUUUAGAAAUAUUUGAAUGAGGUCAAUUCGAGAAACUAUAAACAUUGCUGUAUAUGACUUUUAUUAUUAUAGACAAAUUUAAGUACAAAAUGAAUGUUAUCAAAAAUAUAAGAUAAAAUUAUAAUACAUGUGUUUUGUAAUUUAUUUCAAUCGCUAUGUUUAAUAGUUGAUUUUGUUUCUCUAUUUUUAUAAUUAUUUUCUUUUCUUUACUUUUUUUAUGUCCAAAUAUUGCUAAUGAAUAAUAAUGGUUUUUAUGAAACUUGAAAACAUUAAAUAAAUAUGUUCUUAUUAUAUAAAAUUCACAUUUCUUUUAAAUUCCAAAUGCCACUUACAUUAAAUAUUUUGUUAAUUUAAUUUGCUUAAAUAAAUUUUGCUAUUAAAAUGCUUUGAUUCGUCAAAGUACUGAGUGAUAUUAGAAUCUGCAUAUUUGUAUGUACUUGCAUAUUAUAGCAGCCCCGAGACUCACUUGAUAACCUUAAGAUUAUGUCAAGAUUGCCAGUCUAUAACAUAUAAUGCAUUUCUCCAGGCAAUAUAUAUUGGUAGCUUGGCAAUUAAUUCUGGAGGUUGCUAUAACACGUAAGUACUGUUAUCUCUCUAUAUAUUGGUGAACUAAAUUUUUCCAAAUAUAUAGCACAAAUAAUACUUUAAAAAAUAUUUUGAUGUUAAAUUACUGAAGUGAAAUUAUGAUACUUAUGCAUAUGUUUUUUUAAGUUUGAUGGGUUUUAUGUUAUCAAUACAAUAUUGUUGAAUUGCUAGAGAUGAUUCUUGUUUAUAUUAACAUGUAAUUUAUUGAGGAUAGAUCUAGAAAAGGGUAAUUUUUAUAAGUGAAUGAUUAUCAAAACUGCAUGUUCAUAUUUUGGUUCAACAUGUUUUUUUGUUUUUUUUCCCUAAUGCUAUAUAGUAUUGUACUCUUUGCUCUUUAGCAAAUAUAGUGAAGCAUUAUUUUAGUACAAACUGCCUAUUAGUUAUUUUACAUUGCCAUAUUUGCAUAGAACAGUAGGUAAAGACAGAACUGUGAAAAAAUAUUUUAAUAUCAAUUAUUAUUAUGCAAGUACAGGUCAUUGCAAACACUUUUCAACAGUUAUUUACAACUCUGCUGCUUAGAAAAAAACUGAUAAAAUAAGCCCAAAUUGAGAUUUAAAAAAAAUACUGCCUAACUUUGAUUAGAUGAUUAAAGAACUAAUUUUCUUUGGUACUUGUUCGUUUUAAUGCCAACCAAAAAGCACCAAGAAAAACUUUUGCCAAAUUAUAAAAAAUACUCAAGUACAUAAACAUAUAUAUAUGUAUAUAAUAAAUAUAGAUCAAAUCACAUGAUGCCAGUUCAAAUCUAUAAAUUAGCAAAAAUUUUUCUUUGUACCUUUUGGUCGCCGUUACAAUCGAUAAGUACCUUUUCUUUACAUUGAAUUGUUACUGGAUGGGAAUUUCCUGUUAAGAAAAAGAGUUGCUGUAGGAUGAACCUAUGUAUGAAAUUCUUAAAGAAAUGAAGUGAAACCAUUUUUAAAAAUAUGUCCACAAAUUGCUUUUCAUUAAAGCAGUUGCUUAAGAAUAACAUCCUUUAUUACUGCAAUGAAAUAAAUCUCACUCAAUGUUAUAUUCAAAUGCUCUGUUCUCAUCAUUACUAAAUGAAAUAACAAUUGAAAUUUUUUAACUCAUGUAUUCACAAAAAUAAAAUUUCAUGUGCUGUAUGAUUUAUCAUUUCGAUAAUAAUACAUUAAAAUGAUUUUCAUACAAUGCAUGACAAAGAGUAGAAAGCUAUUUAUGUAAAUAAAACUAAUUCCAAAGCUUUGAUCAGUAUUUUAAGGGUUAAGGUCUCAAUAAUGCGAGUUACAUAAAUGAUAAAAAUUAUGAGAAUGCACCAGUUUUAGGGCCAAUAACGCUUAUUAAUUUCCAAAUUUGAAGAUUACUAUCUUUUUAAGUAUUAUUUAAGGCAGACAUAUAUUUAUAUAUCUAUUUGGGAAAUUCUGUACUCAUUAUUAAAUUUAAAAAAUUUAUUGCCUAACUGUUGAGAGAUUACACAUUUAUUAAAUAGCUAAAAUGUGGGAAAAGGAUUUUUCAAAUGAAUUGUAAGAAAUUAUGUAUUAUGUUCCUUGCAAUUACAUAAAAAUAAAAAAUGUAUUAGCAUUUAACUAUAUUAUACAGUCACUAGCAUUCCUCUGAAUGUAUAACGAAAAAAACUUGUUCGUUCAGUCUUUUUUUUCAGUCUUUUUUCAUUAAAAAUAUAAACCUAACAUAGCAUUAAAUUGACAGUUUGUUAAUCACCAUCUCAUAGAAAAGGAAUAGAUUCUUCGUGGGGGUAAAUAAUAAUUUUGUAAUAGAUAAACAGUUCUAUGCAAAGUUUUGGAAAAAUGGAUAGUAAAAAUUUAUUUUUAAAACUAGAAAUUUUGUAUAAAAAGAAAUCCAAAUGAAAAUUUCUAGGGCCAAGAUCUUUAAUGCAUAUAUGUAAUAAUUUAUUUUAUCUGCAUUCUUAAAAUUUAUUAUUUUUUAGCAAUAAAAUUCAAAAAUAAAAAAGCAUCUUUUGAAUUGUAUAAGCUUCAUGCUAUUCAAAGAUGAAAUAUCUAUGACUAAAAUCGAUACUUAUUCAGCUAAAUUUAAAGGGAAUUCCCUUUUGAAACUAUAUAAACUCCAAAUAUUUUUUUUUAAAGCUUUUUUCUUGCAUUGCUGUCUAGUCACGAUUUCAACAAAGAACUUUUAUAAUCUGUAUGCACAAUUUAAGAAAAAUAUAUGUGAUUUAAGAAAAAUAAAACUGCCAUUUAAAGAUAA